CAGCCUACAGAGUACUUUGACAUGGGGAUCUUCCUGGCCUUCUUUAUAGUGGUGUCUCUGGUCUGCCUCAUACUGCUCAUCAAGAUCAAACUAAAACAGAGGAGGAGCCAGGUGAGGACACACACACACACACACACACACACACACACACACACACACACACACAUAAAUGCUUAGGCUCACAGUAGAUGCUAUGAAUCAGGAUUAACAUCUCAUUAAUGAAUGAAGAGCAGCACAGUAGCACUAACCCUGAGGACAGGUGAAAUCCUGCCAGUGUGUGUGUGUGUGUGCACGUGUUUCUGUUCACGAGUGUGUGUUCCUGAUGAGCCAUGAUGCUGAAGAGCCAUGCCAACUUCUUUGUAGCGUUGAUUAAAAUAGCAGACGUUACAAAACCUAUUUCUAGCUGAGUUAACACACACAGAGUUGACAUGGGCAUGCUGAGGACACACUGAACUGAACAGAGUGCUGUCUGUGUCUAUGUAGUGUUCAUACACAAUGUUUCCUAUAUCAUUUAACAAGACGGGCUGCUCCACCUACAUUCUGCUCCGCUUUUCUCUGAUCCACUCCCUAUAUGCACCUGUAUAUCAGUGGUGGCUGGUGCCACUUUAAAUUGGAGGACAGGCUCAUAGUUAUGCUUGGACCAGAAUGAAGGGAAUGGUGUCAAACAAUGGUUUCCAAUACAUGUAAUAGUUUCCAAUACAAUACAGCUAUUAUUAUAAGCCGUCCUCCACUCACCAGCCACCAACUCUCUGUCCUCCCCUCCCCAGCCACCAACUCUCUGUCCUCCCCCUCCCCAGCACCAACUCUCUGUCCUCCCCUCCCCUCCCCAGCCACCAACUCUCUGUCCUCCCCUCCCCACCACCAACCUCUGGUCCUCCCUUUCCCAGCCACCAACUCCUCCCCCCCCCUCCCCCCCCACCACCAACUCUCUGUCCUCCCCUUCCCCAGCCACCAACUCUCUGUCCUCCCCUCCCCUUCCCAGCCAGCCACACUCUGUCCCCCUCCCCUCCCCAGCCACCAACUCCUGUCCUCCCCCUCCCCUCCCCAGCCACCAACUCUCUGUCCUCCCCCCCCCUCCCCAGCCACCACUCUCUGUCCUCCCCUCCCCAGCCACCCAACUCUCUCCUUCCCCCUCCCCUCCCCGCCCACCAACUCUCUUCCUCCCCUCCCCUGCCACCAACUCUCUGUCCUCCCCUCCCCAGCCACCAACUCUCUGUCCUCCCCUCCCCAGCCACCAACUCUCUGUCCUCCCCUCCCCAGCCACCAACUCUCUGUCCUCCCCUCCCCUCCCCAGCCACCAACUCUCUGUCCUCCCCUCCCCUCCCCAGCCCACCAACUCCUUCCCUCCCCUCCCCUCCCCAGCCACCAACUCUCUGGUCCUCCCUCCCCCCCACUCCCCUCCCCCAGCCACCAACUCUCUGUCCUCCCCUCCCCUCCCCACCACCAACUCUCUGUCUCCCCCCCUCCCUCCCCAUCCACCAACUCUCUGUCCUCCCCUCCCCUCCCCAGCCCCAACUCUCUGUCCUCCCCUCCCCUCCCCUCCACCACUCUCUGCCUCCCCUCCCCUCCCAAGCCACCAAUCUCUGUCCCUCCCCCCCACCCCAGCCACCAACUCUCUGUCCUCCCCCCUCCCCUCCCCAGCCACCAACUCUCUGUCCUCCCCUCCCCUCCCCAGCCACCACCAACUCUCUGUCCUCCCCCCUCCCCAGCCACCAACUCUCUGUCCGUCCUCUCCCCAGCCACCAACUCUCUGUCCUCCCCUCCCCUCCCCCCACCAACUCUCUGUCCUCCCCUCCCCAGCCACCACUCUCUGUCCUCCCCUCCCCAUCACCAACUCUCUGUCCUCCCCUCCACUCUCCUCCCCUCCCCAGCCACCAACUUCUUCCUCUCCUCCCCAGCCCCACUCUUUCCUCCCCUCCCCUCCCCAGCCACCAACUCCUUCCCCCCUCCUCUCUGUCCUCCCCCCCUCCCAGCCACCAACUCUCUGUCCUCCCCUCCCCUCCCCAGCCACCAACUCUCUUCCUCCCUCCCCUCCCCCAGCCACCAACUCUCUGUCCUCCUCCUCCCCAGCCACAACUCUCUGUCCUCCCCUCCCCUCCCAGCCACCAACUCUCUGUCCCCUCCCCUGCCCCAGCAACAACUCUCUGUCCUCCCCUCCCCAGCCACCAACUCUCUGUCCUCCCUCCCCUCCCAGCCACCAACUCUCUGUCCUCCACUCCCCUUCCCAACCCACCAACUCUCUGUCCUCCCCUCCCCUCCCCAGCCACCAACUCUCUGGUCCUCCCCUCCCCUCCCCAGCCACCAACUCUCUGUCACUCCCCUCCCCUCCCCAGCCACCAACUCUCUGUCCUCCCCUCCCCUCCCCAGCCACCAACUCUCUGUCCUCCCCUCCCCUCCCCAGCCACCAACUCUCUGUCCUCCCCUCCCCUCCCCAGCCACCAACUCUCUGUCCUCCCCUCCCCUCCCCAGCCACCAACUCUCUGUCCUCCCCUCCCCAGCCACCAACUCUCUGUCCUCCCCUCCCCUCCCCAACCACAAAGCUCUGUCUUCCCCUCCCCAGCAACACUGCAUACCUGUGUAUCACCCCCAGUCUAACCCUCCGUCCCCCCUCUCCUCUCUCCUCCACCUCUACAGAGUUCUAUGAAUAGGAUGGCCAUCCAGGCCCUGGAGAAGAUGGAGACCAGGAAGUUCAAGGCCAAGGUCAAGGGUCAGCGUGAGAGCAGCUGCGGAGCGUCUGAUUCGCUGAGCAGUAGCUCCACCUCCGACUGUGCAAUCUGUCUGGAGAAGUACAUAGACGGAGAGGUACUAGACAGAACACACACACACACUGAAUACUGUUCAGAAAAAGUUGUGAGAGUCUUUGUCAUGUCAGAAAGGGGUGAGCUUCAGGAACAGAAAGCAUGGUCAGAGACGUAUGGUCAGAAACUGAUUUUGGUUUCUGAAGUCUGUAGAAAUACUACAAAAAAUUGACCAAAUACUUAUUUUCCACCAUAAUUUGCAAAUAAAUUCAUUAAAAAUCCUACAAUGUGAUUUUCUGGAUUUUUUUUCUCAUUUUGUCUGUCAUAGUUGACGUGUACCUAUGAUGAAAAUUACAGGCCUCUCUCCUCUUUUUAAGUGGGAGAACUUGCACAAUUGGUGGCUGACUAAAUACUUUUUUUCCCCACUGUAUGUAUUCUAUACCCUAAUCGUGAAAACUCACUGUGUAAAUAUGGAUUCUGGACACUAAUCAUUAAGAGUCACAGUAGAAAUAUGUAUCCUAAUCUUGGACCUUUGUAGGUUUACUGUAACAGCAUUGCUCAUCACUGGCCAGCCUCAGGGCUGACAGGGGACCCAGUCAGCCAGUCAGUCUGUCUUUAUGUGGUUAUGUGGUCAUGUGGUUAAAAACACACAACACACAACAACAGGACAGCAGAGAGGAAGUAGUGAUAUAGAAGGCUGAAUGGCAUCAAAGGGGUUGGAGCAGUAACGUAAGCAACAAAAGAUGUCUGGAAUAGAGGAGGAGAAGAGGAGUCAUGCCAGGGGAGGGAGGGAGGGAGGGAGGGAGGGAGGGAGGGAGGGAGGGAGGGAGGGAGGUGUUCAGUAUUGCUGUACAUUUAUUAUGUGAUGAGGGUGAAGAAGAGAAACCUUCUUGCUGCUUUGCUGCCAGCUGUUGUCCGUUCACCCAUCAAACACCAAUCAUGUCCUUAGAUAUUGUAAGCCUUUACUAACCUUAACUCUCCUCCUCUCCCCCUGUUCCUCUCCUCCUCUCCCCCUAUUCCCCUGUUUCUUUCCUCCUCUCCCCCAUUCCUCUCCCCCUCUCCCCAUUCCUCUCCCCCUGUUCCACUCCCUCUUCUCCUCUCCCUCUGUUCCCCUCUCUUCUGCUUCCCCUCGCUCUCUCUUCCCCUCUCCUCUCUCCUGCUCCCCUCCUCCUCUCCGUCCCCGUCUACAGGAGCUGCGGGUCAUCCCCUGUGCCCACAGGUUCCAUAUGAAGUGUGUGGAUCCUUGGCUCCUCCAGCACCACACCUGUCCUCACUGCAGACACAACAUCAUUGGUGAGUUGGUACACACUCGCUACAUCCCAAAUGGCACCCUAUUCCCUAUGAACCCUGGUCAAAAGUAGUGCUCUAUAUAGAGAACAGGGUGCCAUUUGGGACACACUGUUGUCAGUAUGAGGCCUGUAGCUAUCUGAUAGGAGUUUUCCAGCCUGCAAAUAUUUCACUUUUGUCAGACUAUACAACCCAGUAAAACAGAAAAAGAGACUAAUCGAUUAAUUUAAUCAACGUAAAAUACCCUUUUCAUGAAACUGUAACAAAGCUAACUUUUCAAAUACUUUUAUUUGACUCCAAACUCUCUCCCUCUCUUACACUCAUAUUCUUUUCUCAGAGCAAAAGAAGGGGAACCCCGGCCCUGUCUGCAUGGACCCAGGCAACCCCGUCUACAGCCGGCAGCAGAGGGUAGUCCUGCCUGUCCACUACCCUGGCAGGGUGCACCGUUCUGGGCAGGUGACUGCCUACCCCACCCGCAUCUCCAUGGACCACCAUGGUAACCCCAUCACAGUGCUCACAGUGGACCAGCACGCAGACCCCCAGGGCCUGUACCCUCCCCAGUCUGCCCACGCCGGGGCCUUCCUCCGGGGCUACCAUCCCCACCCAACCCUGCACCUGGACCACUCUCUCAACCCCCACCACUGUGGCCUGGAGCACCAGCGCCUGGGCCUCAACCCCCCUGCCUACCCCCAGUACCAGCAGCCCGGGCCCAACCACGGCGCCUUCAAGAGGCCCAAGUUCCACGGACGUAGCUUCUCGCGUGCCGCCUGCUACUCGCAGUACGAGACCAUGUACCAACACUACUACUUCCAGGGCCUGACCUUCCCCCAGCAGGGUGAGGGGACCCAGAGGGCAGCAGGCAUAGGGGGGGUGUCUGGGGGCACCGGGCCCCACAAGGGCCACCACAGCAGGGCCUUCCAGGGGGGGCUGCUCUACCCCACGGUGGUCCACAUGGCCCCAGCCACCAGCUCCAGGAUGGGUGAGGCAGGGAGCGGUGCCUCGGGCCUGGGCUGUUACCAUGGCCACCGCUCGGUGUGCAGUGGUUACCUGGCCGACUGCCCGGGCAGCGACAGCAGCAGCAGCAGCUCUGGCCAGUGCCACUGUUCCUCCAGUGACUCUAUGCUGGACUGUACAGAGAUCAGUAACCAGGGGGUGUAUGGCUCCUGUUCCACUUUCCGCAGCUCCCUGAGCUCUGACUACGACCCAUACGUCUACCGCAGUAAGAGCCCCUGUAGGGGGUCGCAAGGGGAGCCAGGGGCCACCUCUGCAGGGGCCUCUACCGCCUGCCCCUCCACAGCCGAGGACUCCCUAACCCCAGCUCCCUCGGGGGGCCAAGACGGUUACAGCAUGCAGCCACAGCCUCCUCCUGGAGCCUCAGGGUUCGGUGUGGGGGACCAGCUCUCUAUCUGCAGUCUGGAGCCCAACUACAGCAGCCACUCAUCACUGGAACAACCCAGGGACGCCAGCACCACUAGCACUACCUCAGCCAGGCCUCUAGAGGGAGCCACCACCGCGGUGGACCUGGCGAAGGGAGGGCAGACAGAGGAGGAGACAGGGGGGGAGCAUGGCCUGGGUGGAGCAGGUGCGUGUAGCUGCUGUUUCGAGGUGCUCCCUCCCAACAUGGAGGGCAAAGGUCAGCAGGGAUAUCAGAGGCAGGACUCAGACUGGGCGGGGCCAAUGGCCUCCUCGGGGCGUGGCUGUCACAGGGGGGCAGAGCAGAACUUUUACCAUCCUGGGGAGCACCUGUUGGCUCCUUCAGAGCAGGUGAGCUAUGAGGGCCUGCCCUGUUGCUUCUACAAGGAGAUGAAGGUCCACCGGGCCACAGGGGGGUGCUAUAAUGAGGACUAUGCCGUGAAUGUGCAGUAUGCGCACCACGCUGCUGACUCAGACGCCUGCUGUGGCGAGCUCAGCCAGAGAAUACCCAUAAUCCACCAGGACACAGACUGUGAGCUGGGCUUGGGAGCGGAGACUCUGUAUCAGAGCAGCCUACUGCCAGCCAGCCUCACCUUGGGGCAGGGGGGCGAGGGGUGGACUGGGGGGCGGGUGGAGCCUGGUGAGGGAGGGUACUUCACCUCAGGACAGUUCAGAGGUCAAGCGUACCCCACCCAGGAGGAAGAGACCAGGGCCCUGUUCCACCCCCAGAACUCCACUACCCACGAUGCAUCGGGAAACAGUAAAGCUACAGACAAUGGUCUGGGGGUAUGA